AUGUCUCGGAAACAAGUGGUCAACGAUUUGUAUCAAGAUUUUUUAAAGCAAAGCGUAAAGGAAGGGUUAGUUGCCUGCUAUUCAGAAAAUGAUAUUACCUUGAGCCCUACGCCUAUUAGUAGCGGCAGCAUUAGAACAUACAAUGCUGAGUUGAAGUGCUCUGGAACUGGAACACCCGUUCUGAUCAAGUCUGUGGUGAACGGCUGUUACAACUGUACGAAAGAAUUACGCAUCGAUUAA